GGCUCUACGAUUGAAUUCCAAUGCGGCUUCAAAUCACGAGCCCUGAACCUCCAGCUAUAUUCGUUACAACCGCGACAUCCUAAGCAGCAUUCUCAUUCUUGCGGUACGAACAAAUGAUUCUUGUUCUUCGAGCAGCACGACACACUGCUCCGGCCUGCAAGACUCUCAACCGCCCAUACACCGCUACCAGCGCCUUCAAGUUUGCUAGACUGUCAGUAUCCGUGCCACUGAUUUCACGCUCUGGAAUUUCCACCCGGCGACGUGGUGACUCGUCGUUCCCAUUUUCCACAUCCACUGCUACCUCAACAGCAACGCUCCAAGCCGUCAAGAUGGCAAACGACCACAUCCUAACGCUGUCGUGCCCGGACAAGCCAGGGAUCGUGCACGCAGUCACCGGAAUCUUCGCCAACAACAGCCUGAACAUUCUUGACCUGCAGCAAUUCUCCGACCGGACGUCUGAAAAGUUUUUCAUGCGCGUCCACUUCGGGCCAGCCGAUGACACGGCCUUCCUCAAACCGGCAUUUGACUCUCUGGCGGCCGAGAUCAAGAUGGACUACGAGCUGCGACCGGUAGCGACCAAGCCGAAAGUGCUCAUCAUGGUGUCCAAGAUCGGCCACUGCCUGAACGACUUGCUGUUCCGCCAGAAGACGGGCCAGCUGAGCAUUGAAGUGCCCGUGAUUGUUUCGAAUCAUCCGGACUUCGAGCCCCUGGCGCGCAGCUACGGGAUUGCGUUCCACCAUCUCCCCGUCACCAAGGACACCAAGGCGGACCAAGAGCGACGAAUUCUGGAGUUGAUCCGUGAAAACGAUGUCGAUCUGGUGGUUCUGGCUCGAUACAUGCAGGUCCUGUCGCCUACGUUGUGCGAGGCCAUGUCUGGCAAGAUCAUCAACAUCCACCAUAGUUUCUUGCCGUCGUUCAAGGGCGCAAAGCCUUAUCAUCAGGCCUAUGAGCGUGGCGUUAAGAUCAUCGGCGCCACUGCCCAUUUCGUCACUGCCGAUUUGGAUGAGGGCCCUAUUAUUGAACAGAGAGUUGCUCGUGUCGACCAUAGCAUGACUCCCAAGGAGCUUGUUGAUGAAGGCAGCAAUGUUGAAAGCCAGGUUUUGGCCGCCGCGGUUAAAUGGUGGUCGGAGAAACGGGUUUUCUUGAACGGUACCAAGACUGUUGUCUUUAACUAGACCAAAAUUGCAACCGAGAAAGGAAAAGCAAUUGUCUGGCAGUGGCUGUCUAAAGGUGCUUGCACUCGCAUGGCUGGCGCCGAAUUUACCGGUUGUCAGUCUUAUCGGGCGUCUGACUUGCAUUUUCAAAACCGAGACAAGCAUUGCAUUCUGGUGGAGAUUGGCGCAGCUCAUUCUGAAGAGCCGAGCAGAGCAGAGUAGACAAAAGGAGUGGGUUGGUUAUUUGACCCAGCAUGGUCUAAAUGUUCCUGGGGCAUAUAUAUUUGGAGGCCAUUGCAUGUACACUGUAUCUAGACCACGUACAUAAGCAAACCGUCAUCAUCAUCUUUCCAACCACCACUGCAGUCUCAAAGAACCACAUAUCAACCAUGCCCUGGGGCACGAUCCAACCAUCAUUGUGGCUCUCACUCAACGCCCUACUACUCCAAAUUUCUACAACUCAUCCUUGCCACCAUCUUCAUCGCUCCGUUUCUUCCCACUGUCAUUAACACCAGCGGCAUUCAUCCCCCUCGUCCCCACCGAAUCCUUAACCAUAAGCGCCAUAAUGUCCACGAGCAAAUCACUCGCCGCAACACUCGUGACCUCGGCAACAGUAUCAUAAGGCGGACUAACCUCGACAACAUCCGCACCAACGAGUUUCACCCCCUCAAGACCUUUAAUAAACCUCUUGACCUCUCUCGUCGUCCAACCUCCCGACUCCGGCGUCCCCGUAGCCGGCGCAAUACUAGGAUCCAAAACAUCAAUAUCAAUCGAAAGAUAAACAGGCGUAUCUCCGACAAUUUUCCUAACCCUCUCAACAAUUCCAUCCAUCCCACCCGGCCCACCCGUUCCAGCAGGCUCAUCAAUCUCAUGCGCCUCAAUAAGCUCAAACCCAACAACAUCCCGAUCCACAACAUAGUCAUUCGGCGAAAACAAUUUCGUCCUUAGUCCGGCGUGCACUGAUGUUCCCUUGGAAAUACAUCCCUCGCGGGCGGCGUGCCAGAAAAACGUGCCGUGCGUGAUUGCGCUCUGGUUCGAUACGAUACCAGUGUAUCCGGCGUAGGGGUCCCAUGUGUCCAGGUGGGAAUCGAGAUGGAUGACGCUGAUGGGGCCGUAGACAUCUCUCAAACUGCGGAGGAUGGGGAGGACGAUGCUGUGGUCGCCUCCUAGACUUAGGAUCCGGGGGUGAUGCCAAUCGCAUGAGGACGAGGCCGUGGAGCCGUCAGCAGAAGUCGAGGUCGUGGAGCCGGCACCGGCCGCACCGUCUGUGGUACUAGUACUGGUUGUGGUAUUAUGC